AUGCAGCAUCUUGUGAAGAUUCCAUUGACUUCGAAGCAAUUGACAAUUUACAUAGGUGGAUAUGAUGAUGAAGAAUCUGCAGCAAGGGCAUAUGAUAUAGCUGCUCUGAAAUUAUGGGGUGAAGCUGCACCAUUAAAUUUCCCAAUAAGUAACUAUGAGAAGGAAUUGGAAGAAAUGAAAUCUUAUUCAAAAAGUGAGUAUCUUCACCACUUAAGAAGAAAAAGUAAAGGCUUUUCAAAGGGUGCUUCAAACUAUCGUGGAGUCUCUAGGAAUUCGGAUUUCAAGAAAUGGCAAGCAAGAAUUGGAAAAGGGAAAGAGAUGAAAGGAAUUUACUUAGGAACAUUUGAUACUGAAGAGGAAGCAGCAAGGGCUUAUGAUGUAGCAGCCAUUAGGCUGAAAGGUGCAAACGCCAUUACCAACUUUGAUAUCUUUGAAUAUGAUUUGAUGAAUAUUCUUCAAAGCUCAAAGCUACCCAUUGGAAAAGGAGCUUCCAAGCUUUUGAUGAAGUCUUCAAUGGAAGAUGUCAUUAGAAAGAAAAAGAAUCUCAUUGGGAAAACCUCAUUUACUUGUUUUGAAGAUGAUGAUCGUUCAGCCAACCCUGAAAUUGCUCAAGGAUUCAACAGCUUUGGAAAUGAUACGAACAUUGAUUUCAAUGGGAUUCAAGCAAUGGAAACUGUUGGAUUCCCAAUGGACUUAUCAGGCAUGGAUAAUAAUAGCCAGCAUCAAAAUUCAAACUUUUUCCCUGUUAUUAAUGGUUGCCAAAACCCAGUUGAGUUCCAGGGAAAUUCUUCUGGGAUCUUCAAUGGAGGAAUAUCAUUUCCAGGUAAUGGGGAUGUUGAAACUGAUGAUUUUCAGACAAAUUUUGACAACUUUCAGAGUCUGUUAGGUCUUGAGGGCCAAGAUUGUUUUAACAUGAACCAGAUCGAGGAUGUUGUUGCCAACCAAGAUCCUAAUAAUUUUCAGACAAAUCCCAUACCUGUCAAUCCAUCGAGUGGAUGCUACAAUGGAGAUGUUUCAUGGAAUGGGGUUCUCCAGGAUGUUCCAAAUUCAUUUGAGAUUGAGAAUAAUGCUAAUGGAGGUUGCAAUGGAAGUGAUAAAAUUUCAGACAAUAGAGCAGCCAUGGUGGAAAAUCCAGUCCAAGAAAAUGGGGUGAAUUUGUGUGAAGACAGUGAAAUGGACAAUCUUUCAAGGUGCUUUGAGCUACUUAAUGAACUUGGACCAUUGUGCUUGUAA